AUGGCCCCAGAGCCAGCCCCAGGGAAGACGAUGGUACCCCUUGUGCCUGCACUCGUGAUGCUUGGUUUGGUGGCAGGUGCCCAUGGUGACAGCAAACCUGUCUUCAUUAAAGUCCCUGAGGACCAGACUGGGCUGUCGGGAGGAGUGGCUUCCUUUGUGUGCCAAGCCACAGGGGAGCCCAAGCCACGCAUCACAUGGAUGAAGAAGGGGAAGAAAGUCAGCUCCCAGCGCUUUGAGGUGAUUGAGUUUGAUGAUGGGGCAGGGUCCGUGCUGCGGAUCCAGCCAUUGCGGGCGCAACGAGAUGAAGCCAUCUACGAGUGCACGGCCACCAACAGUCUGGGAGAGAUCAACACUAGUGCCAAGCUCUCAGUGCUCGAAGAGGAACAGCUGCCCUCUGGCUUCCCUUCCAUCGACAUGGGGCCUCAGCUGAAGGUGGUGGAGAAGGCACGCACAGCCACCAUGCUGUGUGCAGCAGGCGGGAAUCCAGAUCCAGAGAUCUCUUGGUUCAAGGACUUCCUCCCUGUGGACCCUGCCACGAGCAAUGGCCGCAUCAAGCAGCUGCGUUCAGGUGCCUUGCAGAUUGAGAGCAGUGAGGAGUCGGACCAAGGCAAGUACGAGUGUGUGGCGACCAACUCUAAAGGCACACGCUACUCGGCCCCCGCCAACCUGUAUGUGCGAGUGCGCCGUGUGGCUCCUCGUUUCUCCAUCCCUCCCAGCAGCCAAGAGGUGAUGCCAGGUGGCAGCGUGAACCUGACUUGCGUUGCGGUGGGCGCACCUAUGCCCUACGUGAAGUGGAUGAUGGGGGCUGAGGAGCUCACCAAGGAGGAUGAGAUGCCUGUUGGCCGCAACGUGCUGGAGCUCAGCAAUGUCGUGCGCUCCGCCAACUACACCUGCGUGGCCAUCUCCUCACUGGGCAUGAUCGAAGCCACAGCCCAGGUGACAGUGAAAGCUCUGCCGAAGCCUCCAAUUGACCUUGUGGUGACGGAGACAACUGCCACCAGUGUCACCCUCACCUGGGACUCUGGGAACUCAGAGCCCGUGUCCUACUACGGCAUCCAGUACCGUGCAGCAGGUGCAGAGGGCCCCUUCCAGGAGGUGGAUGGCGUGGCCACCACCCGCUACAGCAUUGGUGGCCUCAGCCCUUUCUCAGAAUAUGCCUUCCGCGUGCUGGCGGUGAACAGCAUCGGACGAGGACCACCCAGUGAGGCAGUGCGGGCACGCACAGGGGAGCAGGCGCCCUCCAGCCCCCCGCGCCGUGUGCAGGCACGCAUGCUGAGCGCCAGCACCAUGCUGGUGCAGUGGGAGCCGCCCGAGGAGCCCAACGGCCUGGUGCGAGGGUACCGUGUCUACUACACUCCCGAUUCCCGCCGCCCCCUGAGCGCCUGGCACAAGCACAACACAGACGCCGGGCUCCUCACCACCGUGGGCAGCCUGCUGCCUGGCAUCACCUACAGCCUGCGCGUGCUGGCCUUCACUGCCGUGGGUGACGGCCCACCCAGCCCCACCAUCCAGGUCAAGACGCAGCAGGGAGUGCCUGCCCAGCCGGCGGACUUCCAGGCGGAGGCAGAGUCGGACACCAGGAUCCAGCUCUCGUGGCUGCUGCCCCCGCAGGAACGGAUCAUCAAGUAUGAGCUGGUGUACUGGGCCGCGGAGGAUGAAGGCCAGCAGCACAAGGUGACCUUCGACCCCACCUCCUCCUACACUCUAGAGGACCUGAAGCCUGACACACUGUACCACUUCCAGCUGGCUGCCCGUUCCGAGAUGGGGGUGGGCGUCUUCACCCCCACCAUUGAGGCCCGCACAGCGCAGUCCACCCCCUCCGCCCCUCCCCAGAAGGUGACCUGUGUGAGCACGGGCUCCACCACGGUCCGGGUAAGUUGGGUCCCGCCGCCAGCCGACAGCCGCAACGGCGUUAUCACCCAGUACUCGGUGGCCUACGAGGCAGUGGACGGCGAGGACCGAGGGCGGCAUGUGGUGGAGAGCAUCAGUCGCGAGCACUCCAGCUGGGACCUGGUGGGCCUGGAGAAGUGGACGGAGUACCGGGUGUGGGUGCGGGCACACACGGACGUGGGCCCCGGCCCGGAGAGCAGCCCGGUGCUAGUGCGCACGGACGAGGACGUGCCCAGUGGGCCACCGCGAAAGGUGGAGGUGGAACCGUUGAACUCCACUGCUGUGCGUGUCUCUUGGAAACUGCCCGUCCCCAGCAAGCAGCAUGGCCAGAUCCGCGGCUACCAGGUCACCUACGUGCGGCUGGAGAAUGGCGAGCCCCGUGGCCCACCCAUCAUCCAGGACGUCAUGCUGGCUGAGGCUCAGUGGCGGCCAGAGGAGUCCGAGGACUAUGAAACCACCAUCAGCGGCCUGACCCCAGAGACCACCUACUCCGUUACUGUCGCCGCCUACACCACCAAGGGGGAUGGUGCCCGCAGCAAGCCCAAAAUUGUGGCGACGACCGGGGCAGUCCCAGGCCGGCCCACCAUGAUGGUCAGCGCCACGGCCAUGAACACCGCGCUGCUGCAAUGGCACCCUCCCAAGGAGCUGCCUGGCGAACUGCUGGGCUACCGACUGCGGUACCGCCGGGCCGACGAGGCAGAGCCCACUAUCAUGGAUUUUGGCAAAGAUGACCAGCACUUUACAGUCAUCGGCCUGCACAAGGGGGCCACCUACAUUUUCUGGCUUGCUGCCAAGAACCGGGCUGGCCCCGGAGAGGAAUUCGAGAAGGAGAUCACCACUCCUGAGGAUGCACCCAGCGGCUUCCCCCAAAACCUGCGUGUGGUAGGGCUGACCACCUCUACCACGGAGCUGACCUGGGACCCCCCGGUGCUGGCGGAGAGGAACGGGCGCAUCACCAACUACUCCGUGGUGUACCGUGACAUCAACAGCCAGCAGGAGCUACAAAACAUCACUGCUGACACCCACCUGGUACUGUCCGGCCUCAAGCCGGAUACCACUUAUGACAUCAAGGUCCGCGCUCGUACCAGCAAAGGCGCCGGCCCACUCAGCCCCAGCAUCCAGUCCCGGACCAUGCCCGUGGAGCAAGUGUUCGCCAAGAACUUCCGUGUGGCGGCUGCUAUGAAAACUUCUGUGCUGCUCAGCUGGGAGGUCCCUGAUUCCUACAAGUCCGCGGUACCCUUCAAGAUUCUGUACAACGGGCAGAGUGUGGAGGUGGACGGGCACUCCAUGCGGAAGCUGAUCGCAGACCUGCAGCCGAACACGGAGUACUCAUUUGUGCUGAUGAACCGCGGCAGCAGCGCGGGGGGCCUGCAGCACCUCGUGUCCAUCCGCACGGCCCCGGACCUCCUGCCGCACAAGCCACUGCCUGCCUCCGCCUACAUAGAGGACGGUCGCUUCACCCUCUCCAUGCCCCACGUGCAGGACAGCACCCUCAUCAGGUGGUUCUACAUCGUGGUGGUACCCAUCGACCGUGUGGGCGGGAGCAUGCUGGCCCCGAGAUGGAGCACACCCGAGGAGCUAGAGCUGGACGAGCUUUUGGAGGCCAUCGAGCAGGGGAGUGAGGAACGGCGACGUCGGCGACAGGCAGAGCGGCUGAAGCCAUACGUGGCUGCUCAGGUGGACGUGCUCCCUGAGACCUUCACCCUGGGGGACAAGAAGAGCUACCGGGGCUUCUACAACCGGCCCCUGUCUCCGGACCUGAGCUAUCAGUGCUUUGUGCUCGCCUCCCUGAAGGAACCCAUGGACCAGAAGCGCUAUGCCUCCAGCCCCUACUCCGAUGAGAUCGUGGUCCAGGUGACACCAGCCCAGCAGCAGGAGGAGCCUGAGAUGCUGUGGGUGACAGGCCCCGUCCUGGCAGUCAUCCUCAUCAUCCUCAUUGUCAUCGCCAUCCUCCUGUUCAAGAGGAAGAGGACCCACUCGCCAUCGUCCAAGGACGAGCAGUCAAUCGGGCUGAAGGACUCCCUGCUGGCCCACUCCUCAGAUCCCGUGGAGAUGCGACGGCUCAACUACCAGACGCCAGGUAUGCGAGACCACCCGCCCAUCCCCAUCACUGACCUGGCAGACAACAUUGAGCGCCUCAAAGCCAACGAUGGCCUCAAGUUCUCCCAGGAGUAUGAGUCCAUUGACCCUGGACAGCAGUUCACAUGGGAGAAUUCAAACCUGGAGGUGAACAAGCCCAAGAACCGCUACGCAAAUGUCAUCGCCUACGACCACUCACGGGUCAUCCUUACCUCCAUCGAUGGUGUCCCAGGGAGUGACUAUAUCAACGCCAACUACAUCGAUGGCUACCGCAAACAGAAUGCCUACAUUGCCACACAGGGCCCACUACCUGAGACCAUGGGCGAUUUCUGGCGGAUGGUGUGGGAACAGCGCACGGCCACUGUGGUCAUGAUGACACGGCUGGAGGAGAAGUCCCGGGUGAAGUGCGACCAGUACUGGCCAGCCCGGGGCACCGAGACCUACGGCCUCAUUCAGGUGUCCCUGCUGGACACAGUGGAGCUGGCCACAUAUACCGUACGCACCUUUGCACUCCACAAGAGUGGCUCCAGUGAGAAGCGGGAGCUGCGUCAGUUCCAAUUCAUGGCCUGGCCAGACCACGGGGUUCCCGAGUACCCGACCCCCAUCCUGGCCUUCCUGCGGCGGGUCAAGGCCUGCAACCCACUCGAUGCAGGGCCCAUGGUGGUGCACUGCAGCGCGGGCGUGGGCCGCACGGGCUGCUUCAUCGUUAUCGAUGCCAUGCUGGAGCGGAUGAAGCAUGAGAAGACGGUCGACAUCUAUGGCCAUGUGACAUGCAUGCGAUCGCAGCGGAACUAUAUGGUGCAGACAGAGGACCAGUAUGUGUUCAUCCACGAGGCGCUGCUGGAAGCCGCCACGUGCGGACACACGGAGGUGCCUGCCCGCAGCCUGUAUGCCCACAUCCAGAAGCUGGGCCAAGUGCCUCCCGGGGAGAGUGUGACCGCUAUGGAGCUCGAGUUCAAGUUGCUGGCCAGCUCCAAGGCCCACACAUCCCGCUUCAUUAGCGCCAACCUCCCCUGCAACAAGUUCAAGAACCGCCUGGUGAACAUCAUGCCCUAUGAAUUGACCCGCGUGUGUCUGCAGCCCAUCCGUGGUGUGGAAGGCUCUGACUACAUCAAUGCCAGCUUCUUGGAUGGCUAUAGACAGCAGAAGGCCUACAUCGCCACGCAGGGGCCUCUGGCAGAGAGCACCGAGGACUUCUGGCGCAUGUUAUGGGAGCACAACUCCACCAUCAUCGUCAUGCUGACGAGGCUUCGGGAGAUGGGCAGGGAGAAAUGCCACCAGUAUUGGCCAGCAGAGCGCUCUGCUCGCUACCAGUACUUUGUUGUUGACCCAAUGGCUGAGUACAACAUGCCCCAGUAUAUCCUGCGUGAGUUCAAGGUCACAGACGCCCGGGAUGGGCAGUCAAGGACGAUCCGGCAGUUCCAGUUCACAGACUGGCCCGAGCAGGGCGUGCCCAAGACGGGUGAGGGCUUCAUUGACUUCAUCGGGCAGGUGCACAAGACCAAGGAGCAGUUCGGGCAGGACGGGCCCAUCACGGUGCAUUGCAGUGCCGGUGUGGGCCGCACUGGGGUGUUCAUCACUCUGAGCAUCGUCCUGGAGCGGAUGCGCUAUGAGGGCGUGGUCGACAUGUUCCAGACCGUGAAGACCCUACGCACACAGCGCCCGGCCAUGGUGCAGACGGAGGACCAGUACCAGCUGUGCUAUCGUGCGGCCCUGGAGUACCUUGGCAGCUUUGACCACUAUGCAACGUAA